AAAAAAUGGAAAACCCUACUACACGUUCCCUCUCCCCUUUUAGUUUCGUUUGAUUUUUCCCUCACCCAUAUAAUUGUAGCGCCACAGCCAAAGCCCUACGCGACUUUGAUUUCUUUCUCUGCUCUCGUUUCUCCCUCGCAGCGGCAGGAAGAAUUUUGAAGUUUGACUCAUGGAUCCUCAACCUGAACCAGUCAGCUACAUCUGUGGAGAUUGUGGAAUGGAGAACACCCUGAAGCAGGGUGAUGUUAUACAGUGCCGAGAGUGUGGAUAUCGUAUUCUCUACAAGAAGCGCACCCGUCGCAUUGUUCAGUAUGAGGCCCGCUGAAAUGCUUAUUCUGGCGAUGGACUUCAAGUGUCAUGAAUAUGUUGUAAGUCUCUUUUAGGAAAACGACAAGGCUUAAGGACUUGCUGUAAUGCAAACAUGUUGAUAAUGAUGGCACUAUAAUAUGAUUAAAUAUUUUCCAUUUCAAUUGGCAUUAUCCUGGUGAGACUUCAUAUCCAACUGAUAAUAUGAAUGGUUAAUCUCUUGAUA